AUGUUUAGAAUCGGAAGAACACAGCAACCGCUUCAGUCUCUAACCCACCAAUUCCUCCAACGUUGUUCUGUAAGUGGAACGGCAAAAGGAAAAGGUAAAGAUGGGCAAGCCAAGAAACGCUCAAAAGUAAUAACAAAGAAGGGAAAAAAAUCAGACCCUGAAGACCCAUCUUCAAAACCCUUAUCACGUCAAGAUUCUGAAAAAUAUCGUCUCUAUGAUCAAUGCAUCAACGCACCAACCCCAGUUCGUUACUUAAAGCCCAAAGAUCGUGCUCGUGAAGCAGAAAGAGAGAAAUUGGGGCUUCUAAGUAAAGGGAGGAUUCGCGAAAAGGAGAUUUUUAAGAAAGGUGGAAGGCAAGCUAUGGGAGUUCCUGAUGAGCCCAUGAUUAUUGGGACUCCUGGUUUAGAUUUGAUUACUUUAGGAUUGGUUGAUGUGGAUAAGAUACCCAAAUAUGAGUUGACUGAGGAGGAUGGGAAGAAAUUGGCGAAGGAGUAUAGUAGGGUGUUGAUGAGGAAGCAUAGGGCGAGGCAGGCUGCGGAGAGUAAUUUGUUGAGGUGUAAGAAGGAGGCCAUUGAGGCGUUACCUGAGAAUUUGAAGAAGGCAGCUUUAGUUCCAGAUUUAACGCCUUUUCCGGCCGAGAGGUUUAUGGCUACUUUGACUCCACCGAUUGAAGGUUAUAUUAACAAAAUUAAGGAGGCAGCAAAGAGGAGUUCUGGGAUGGAGAAGAUUAGAUAG